UAAAUAAAACAAGUAAAAAAGUCAAAUGAAUUUUGAAGGACAAAAUUGUCCUUCAAAAUAUGGCUAGUUGAGACUAAAACACUUGACUGUUUUUGGUAGAGAGAAAAGAGAAACAAUAAAUCAUACAAAUGGAAAUUGAGCUUGUUUUAGUUUAUUGUGUGAUUCAUUUAUUUCUUAUGACAGGUUUACAUCUGGCUUUAAAUAUUUUAUUUAUGAGGUUAUCAGUGUUUUACUUCCUGUUAGGACCAGAAGAAGAGGAUGUCUUCCUCUUUGGGUUUCUAUUUUCCAUGUCCACAACAAAGAGCCUGCUGAAAAUGAUUCAUUUGAGUUUCUGUUUCAGCUUUUUAUUUUGUCCUGUGAGCAGUGGGAGAGUUUCAUUGUGUGGCGCAGCAGCUUGAUGCAGUCAGACUCUGGUACCGUCUGUAAUAAGGUGACUGGUUCGCCAUAGCAUUGCUACAACUCGCUCAUCUGAGGUGCCGCUGCUGGGGGAAGAUUUGAGAUCAGACAUCCUGAAAAUAAAGAUCAGAAAGAAGAAAACGUAUUGAUGUGACAUUGCUUCAAACCAAUCUGAACUGCUAAACUACAUCUAAAUCCAUUCUGGUUCCCUUCAGCUCCUGCGAGUUGCAUGCCCAUUUAGAUUUUUUUUUCUUACAGGGAUGUUCUGACAAUCUGUUGAAAUAAAAAUUAAAACCAAAAAAUCCUAGAAGUUUAUUUCUGAAUGUGGAGAUUUGACAUGAAGAUUGCUUUGACUGCUGACUACUUUCUUUUCAUUUAUAACUACUCCUGCAUUAGCUUUUCUGUUGUCUGCUCUGUUAAACUACACUAGCCCAAUGCGAAUGUGUUGAGUUUUGUACUUGUUGCUCCAUUCACCAUUCAUUCAUCCAUCUCUUGACUAACUAGGCAGGGAAGGGAGCGAGUAAAGUUGCUAUGUGCUUUUAGCUCACUAGAUACUUUAAAAUUAUAAAAAGAAAAAUGCAGCAACCAAUGUCUCAAAGUUGGUUUGAGUUUUUUUUUCUUUAGGAAAUAAGUGGUUUUAAUGUUAACAGGAGAGCUACAGUGAAGAAGUUUUCUGUACUUUUAAGACGUGUUUUUAAUCAGUUAUCUAGAAUUUGACAGUUAUUUUAACCUGUGCAUUAUUAGACCGGUACAUUACCGCCACCUACUGGAUUGGAUUGGGGCGUACAGGCUUUGCAGUGGGGGCGAGACCAUCUUGACAAUAUUUAGGGGGGAUUCAUGGAACUUUAUUAUUUAUCUAUUAUGAAUCUGCCGUGGUCACUGAUUAUAUUUGCUUAAUUUUAUAAAUAUUGUUUAUCAUAUUAAAUUUGGACCAGUUGUAAUAAAAACAAAAAAUUUAAGGUUUAUACCAUCCCUAAACUGUCGCACAAUGGUAUGACCCAGCCACCAUAAGCGCCUAACCGCCACCAACUAACUGUUCUGGUGUUGAAGAUUCCCGGAAAGCUCCUCGUCUUUUAAGUCUACUCGCUCAUCGCUUUUUGCUUCGUCCUCGCACGUCCAGAAAAGAGAGAAAAUGCGUGAGUGUAUUUCCAUCCAUAUUGGUCAGGCUGGAGUCCAGAUUGGCAAUGCCUGCUGGGAGCUGUAUUGCCUGGAACAUGGCAUCCAGCCAGACGGUCUGAUGCCGAGUGACAAGACCGCAGGAAGAGGAGACGACUCCUUCAACACUUUCUUCAGUGAGACUGGUUCUGGAAAGCAUGUCCCCCGGGCCGUGUAUGUGGACCUGGAGCCCACUGUCAUUGAUGAGGUACGCACUGGGACCUACCACCAGCUAUUUCACCCUGAGCAGCUGAUUAGUGGUAAGGAGGAUGCUGCCAACAAUUACGCUCGUGGGCACUACACCAUCGGAAAGGAGAUCAUCGAUCCUGUUUUGGAUAGGAUUCGCAAACUGGCUGACCAGUGUAAUGGUCUUCAGGGCUUCCUGGUUUUCCACAGCUUUGGUGGAGGCACUGGCUCUGGUUUCACCUCCCUGCUGAUGGAGCGCCUGUCUGUCGACUACGGCAAGAAAUCCAAGCUGGAGUUCUCCGUCUAUCCGGCCCCACAGGUGUCCACAGCCGUGGUGGAGCCUUACAACUCCAUCCUGACCACCCACACCACCCUGGAGCACUCGGACUGCGCCUUCAUGGUGGACAACGAGGCUAUCUACGAUAUCUGCUGUCGGAACCUGGACAUCGAGCGCCCCACCUACACCAACCUGAACAGACUGAUGAGUCAGAUCGUGUCCUCCAUCACGGCUUCUCUACGUUUCGACGGCGCGCUCAACGUGGAUCUGACCGAGUUCCAGACCAACUUGGUGCCUUAUCCACGUAUCCACUUCCCUCUGGUCACCUAUGCCCCCGUCAUCUCUGCCGAGAAGGCUUACCAUGAGCAGCUGACCGUAGCUGAAAUCACCAACGCUUGCUUUGAGCCAGCCAAUCAGAUGGUGAAAUGCGACCCUCGCCACGGCAAGUACAUGGCCUGCUGCCUUCUGUACCGUGGAGAUGUGGUGCCCAAAGAUGUCAACGCUGCCAUUGCCAACAUCAAAACCAAGCGCACCAUCCAGUUUGUGGACUGGUGCCCCACUGGUUUCAAGGUGGGCAUCAACUACCAGCCUCCCACUGUGGUUCCUGGUGGAGACAUGGCCAAGGUCCAGAGGGCUGUGUGCAUGUUGAGCAACACCACGGCCAUUGCAGAGGCCUGGGCUCGGCUCGACCACAAGUUUGAUCUGAUGUACGCCAAACGUGCCUUCGUUCAUUGGUAUGUGGGUGAGGGCAUGGAGGAGGGAGAGUUCUCCGAGGCCAGGGAGGACAUGGCUGCACUGGAGAAGGAUUAUGAAGAGGUUGGAACUGAUUCUAUUGAAGGGGAGGGUGAGGAAGAAGGAGGGGAAUAUUGAAAUGGCCUCCUGAUACAAGUUCUGUGUUUUAAGUCUUUCUCGGUCCGUUCUGAUGUUUUUCUACUUUUCUUUUAAGGAAUUUGAGAUGUUGACAACAGUUUUAUAGAGCACCGCCAAUUUUGCGGGGGCAAGGUAUUGUUUAGGAUUGAAAUAUAGCUACUUGUUUGUUUUAACUUUACAUUCCCAUUUCUAGAUAGAAACCCAUUGUAUCUUUGUUUAAUCAAUAUAUGUCUGUGAAUGAAUAGGAAAAGAAUUUAAGUCUGUUCAGUAGUCAUGUCAAUUCUCUGUCUUGCCUUAUUAGAUUUAACGUGUGAAAAUGGUUGAAAAGCCAAUUCUUGUUUUGGUAAAUAUUUGAAUAGUUGCCCUGUGCUUGUUAGCAUGGACCUGUUGUAAUUCUUCAGAACAUGCAGUGUUGGUA